GGUGACGCCCCCCCGUUGCCAUGACGACGCCCUUCAAACCCCCCCCGUUCUUGUCUCUUCCAGGUGCCCCCGGCCCGGAGCCGCCAUGGGCCGCCGCCCGGCGCGAUGCUACAGAUACUGCAAGAACAAGCCGUACCCCAAGUCCCGCUUCUGCCGGGGGGUCCCUGAUCCCAAAAUCCGCAUUUUCGACUUGGGCCGGAAGAAGGCGAAGGUGGACGAGUUCCCGCUGUGCGGACACAUGGUGUCGGACGAGUACGAGCAGCUCAGCUCCGAGGCGCUGGAAGCCGCCCGCAUCUGCGCCAACAAGUACAUGGUGAAGAGCUGCGGCAAGGACGGCUUCCACAUCCGCGUGCGCCUCCACCCCUUCCACGUCAUCCGCAUCAACAAGAUGCUCUCGUGCGCCGGUGCUGACAGGCUGCAGACGGGGAUGCGGGGAGCCUUCGGGAAGCCCCAGGGCACCGUGGCCCGCGUCCACAUCGGCCAGGUCAUCAUGUCCAUCCGCACCAAGGCCCAGAACAAGGAGCACGUGGUGGAGGCCCUGCGGCGCGCCAAGUUCAAGUUCCCGGGGCGCCAGAAGAUCCACAUCUCCAAGAAGUGGGGGUUCACCAAGUUCAACGCGGACGCCUUCGAGGACAUGGUGGCCCAGCGGCGCCUCAUCCCCGACGGCUGCGGGGUGAAGUACGUCCCCAGCCGCGGCCCCCUCGACCGCUGGCGGGCCCUGCACGCCGCCUGAACCCCCCCCCAAAAAAAAUAAAACCACAAUUGGGGCCCCCCCCCAAAAACACCACCCCGGGGUCCCUCCUGACAGCCUGGGAAAAAACCCCCCCACACCAAGUCUUGGGUGCCCCUGAGUGGGGAGACCGCCCCCCCCCCCCCAGGGGAAUCCCCACAGCCUUGUGGAUGACCCCCCCCCCCAGGGCUUUUUGUGGGGGAGGGGAGCUGCCUUUGAGGGGGGCCCCCCCAAAUUGGGAGGAAUAAAGGUCUUUGGCCUCGCCCCCA